CAACGUACGGCUAUGUCUACGUCGCAAUCCGUGCAAGUCCAUCAAGUCAUCGCGCUCUUCGAAGAGAUCCGGGCCGGAAGGCACAUCAAGCGACACCCGUGGACAGAGUUUCAGCUUGCAGAAGGAGAAUAUGAUGAGAUAGAGCGUCGACUUGAGCGAAGCGAGCUGUUGGGAUACGUCAAAGACAAGAUACGAUAUGAUUACGACAGAGAAAGUGAUCGUCUUGUCGUUCGCAUGCCUACAGCUGUACACGAACUGUUCAUCGCUCGCGUUGAGGAUGCCAUAUUCAGUCAGUUGAAAUCAAUCCGUGACGGACUGGGUGCUGCGGCGGCUUUUGCCCAGAAGGUGUACCCGGCUCGUUCUACCGAAAUAUACUUCCCAGUGGAUAAUUUUCCAUUUGGCAGAAAGUCGAAGCACGAGCCGGAUGCUUCUUUCUGGCACGACGAUGCGCAAUACCCCGGAGUUGUCAUCGAAGUGGCUUAUUCGCAGAAGAGGAAGAGGUUGGACCGGCUCGCCGACGACUAUCUUCUGGACUCGGACGCGAGCGUGCAAGUUGUUGUUGGCCUGGAUAUCGAAUAUAGGAGUAUCGAAUAUGGGAGGAAAGUAUCGCGCCAGGCGACGUUUUCGGUGUGGCGAACCCAUGUGGUCAGUACUACAGAUGGGAAUGAGUUAAGAGUGGUCAAGGAAAUUGCGGAUGAGGCAUUCCGUGACGAUAAAGGAAAUCCUACGAACCAUCCAGGUCUACGACUUCAACUGUCCGACUUUGCUUGUGAGGAGCUUACAAAGGAGGCAUUUAGAGGCGAAGGAGGAGAGAUAAUCUUAUCCACUCAGGAGCUUUGUCAGUAUCUUGCUGCUGCAGAGGACAAAAUCCAAGGGCAAAGAGCACUUGUCAGGCACUCUAUUCUUCCUGGAAUGAAGAAACGCGAAAAGUAUGCUGAGCAAGAGGAGAGAGCAGCGAAGCGCACAACGGACGAUGAUCCCGAUUAUGAAGAUAGGUCGUCAACCAAGAGCUUGUUAGAGUAA